GUCUACAACGUUCCAAUCGAGUUCCAUGCAAACAUCAACGCCCCAUUAGUGAUACGGGGAAUAUCCUGGCUGCCAAACGGCCUCACCAGAACCGUAUCGUGAGUAACGCGAGUACAUGUACAUAGCUAGAAGUCAUUCGUCAGCCAUUGAGUCGUUAGCCAACUAAUGCCAGGUGAUCUUCAGUGCCGUUUUCACUGGUUCCAGCAUUAUCCUCACAUACACACACCCACACACACACCGAAAACGUAGCAAUGAGUGCUGUCCAGUGAACAACGAUUGACCAACCCUUAGUCGCAUCAUGAAGGUGUCUUACUCGUGGACUUUGGCCAUAGUGGUCAUCGCUAUCAUUUUGUUCAGUGAACCUUCGGUGAGUCGAAGAACUGGAGGAGGACGUCGUGGAUCCUCGUCCCGCUCGUCUUCGUCCUCCAGAGGUGGAGGUGGUGGUCUUUUCGAUGGCUUCAAGAACAUUUUUAAAUCCAAACCCAAGCCUGCUCCCAAGACUCCAUCCGGCGGAGGUUCUUAUCCCAAGCAACAGUAUGGAGGAAAUUCUGGUGGAACACAGUCCGGUGGAACGCAAUCGGGAGGUCAAACCUAUCUGGGUGGCGGUGGAUUUGUGAAUCCCAACAAACAAGGCGGGGGAUCCAAUCAGGGUAGUAAUUUGGGGGCUGGGGGCUUUGUCAACCCCAACUCGAAUCGGAAUCCCGGUUAUGGGAACAAUAACAACUAUGGAAACAAGCCCAAUUAUGGCGGUUCCAAUUCUGGCUAUGGUACCAACUACGGGAACAAUUACGGAGGCAAUUCGUACGGAAGCUUCGGUCGGAACAACUAUGGAGGAGGGUACUACAGUCCCAGUGGCUUCAAACAGAGCAAUGGUCUUUUUGGCACGGGUGGCAAGAAGGCCUUUGGUCUUGGGGCCGGGGCCGGAUUCAUUGGGGGUGCCGUGGCUGGGGUUGGAGCAAUGGCGGUGUAUCACCGAUACCAGCAGUUCAAGACCAUGAUGUACUACAAGGCCAUGAUGGGCGGGGGAUAUGGGGGUUAUGGUGGAUAUGGCAUGGGUUAUGGCUACUCGCCGUAUGGAAUCCAUGGACAAAGUAUCUUAGUGAACGCCCAUGAUUGUGUGGGAGGCUGCCCAAUGCAAGCCUUUUGUGACGUGGGAAUCUGCCGAUGUCGAGAGGGAUAUGAAGCUCGAUUUGGGUCGUGCUAUCAGAAUUUUAAUUCAGUUUACAACACGAAACAAAAUGAGUUCAAUGAGCGAUGGCAACCUUCAUUCGAUCCAUACAAAUCGUGCACGGAACACAAAGAGUGUUGGAAAGUGGAUAUGAACAUGGUUUGCUCAACUAACACCACACGUUGCGCAUGCCGAGAUGAUAUGAGGUGGAAUCUGGAUACUGGAGAAUGUCAAGUGUUUAUGGAUGUGGAUUGUUCUGGAGUCAAACCGAAAGUGAUGGCCUUGGAUUCGGACAAUCCGUCGGCGAUAACAAGCGCUCCAGAAGAAACUUCAUCGGCUAGCACUUCCACCACAUCCAAUCCCUCAACAUCAUCCGAUCUGUCAUCUCCAGUGACUCCCACACCCGACUUGCUCAGCAAUGACACUCUAGAUGCUUUCCCGGAUAAGAACCUGACCGACAUAUCCGUGAACGACACCUUACAGGAUAGUGGCUUGACCAAGAUCAACAUUAACGAUACCAGUGCUGAGGACAUUAAAGCGGCAUUUUGCAAAGAAAUUGGACAAAUAACCCAAAGGUUUGAUCGUCAAGUGGAUAACCGGGGCGUGGUCCGCGACAAUCGCAAAGAAAUGGGUGAAGCCGCCCUAGGAGCGGGUGCGAUUGCCUUGAUAGUGAUGCUGGUUUGCUGUUGUUGCGGUUGCCUUUGUCUGUGCGUCUGCAUCAACAAGGUGAAGGAAGUGUUCGGAGGCAUGUUCGAUCAGAAAAGCAACAACGAUAACUACGCCCCCGCUGCCGAGGUUCAAAUGGAGAACUACAACGAGGCACCACCGAAUCCCACCACCCAGAUUCCUCCUUAUCCGAUGGAUGCCCCGCCCUUGAGCGGGUAUCCCCCUGAUCCGCUAUACCCUAAUAGCAAUGGCAUGAAUAACACUCCGUACCCGCCCGGCCAACCCGCUUAUAACCCAGGAUACAACGGUGGUAACUCGGACAAUACUGCCCCUCCUUACCCUAUCUACCCUCCAAAUGGGGGCGGCCAACCGCCUCCUUAUCCGAUUUAGGCUACACUACUUUCUACUGAUGUAGAAAUCAUGUUCCAAGUGACAUCACACCUUUUGAAUAGAAAUCAAAUUGUGUUCUCGUUGUGAAUUCUUGAAUGUGUUGAACGAACUAGCGGUUGAUUUGGUUCGAAAGCUUUACAAACCUCUUUCUCCCGCUUUUUGCUUGUCGGCCCCCUUUCCCAAUCCGUUACGCCCACUUUCUUUCGUGUACUUGAAAGAUUUCGGGAGCUAUUCUUCAAAUGAAUGAAUGUCUCUCUCUCUCUCUCUCUCUGGAAGAUGGUCGAAAUAUCGAUUGGAUCCUCAAUUUCGCUUGAAAAUUCUGUAAUCCCUCACAAAUUCUUUCCCGAUCCAUGAUGAAAUCCGAGCAUCCUUUGGGAAUUAUUUCUAUUCAAAUUGACACGGUAAUUCGAGAAAUGCAACCAAUUGACAAAAAAAAGCAUCCCAACAAAUUCCAUGUGAGCGUUCCAUUGUUCAACAACCAAAAUUAUGUACUUGGCUGUGAAUUCUCAUUGUUGAAAAAAUGAGUUACGUUUGUUUAGGUGUAUCUGUAAUAUGGUAUCAGUAAGUAGUUCCUAUUUGUUCCAUGUCGAUAUUGAAUUUUAAAAUCUCGCUUCAAUCCUACCCAUGCUUCACAGGAAAUAAGGUGUACUGUACAUUACAGUACUGAAAGAAAAAUAAAUGCAAUUUUAUCUCUUUUA